UCAUUCACAGUUGGAGUAUAAUUUGUACGUCGUUUAAAAAUACAGGAAGGCGUUUUAUUUAUUAAAAUACAAAAACCUUGUGGGCCAACUAGCCGCGACAGCGUUGGAAGUCAACUAAUUGAAUGUCGGGCAAUUGCCUUGCUUUUGUCUUGCCAAUAUUGAGCUCGGACAACGUGUCUAUGUAAUGAAAACAUCUUAGCCAGCGAUUAUAUUAAAAAUGCUUACUGGUAGACCUCAAGAAGGAGAAUGUCUUGCUGCAUAUGCAAGUCGUUUAUUUAUUUUACUUAUUUCACGAUGGAGUAAUUAAGACAAAGAAGAAGUGAUGUCGACUACAUAACAUGCAGAAGAUAACCCCGACCUCUGAGCGCCGAAACACCGCCGUUGCUACACAGACUCCUGUUACUUGUUACAAGAGUACUGUUGAGGGUCAUGUGGCGUGGCGGUGCUCUAAAAUAUGGCCAGUUGCGAGCAGUAGCGCACAAUCUGCCACCGUACCGAGCGUUGUGAAGCGAGUGGACGUAUGUGGUAUGAAACCUAUCACUGGGAUAAUUACGUAAUUUGUACAAUGCCUCCAGAAAUGGCAGUGUCGAUGCGCCGGACGAAGAUGAAGGCGGAGGGAGGGUGGGCGCUCAUCGCCGGCGAGAUCACUAAGCCCUCGUGGGAGUCGAGGAACGAGGGCAUCCACGAGAGAGUCAGCUUCGAGGACACCAUCUGGGGCUUCGACCUCGCCGGCGGCUCAUAUUACAAAACUCCGUUAAGAGUUACAUUUGUGAAGCCCGGCAGCAGGGCGGAGAGGGCUGGCAUAAGGCCUGGGGACAGACUGCUGCGCAUCAACGGCGUGGACACCUCCACCCUCACCAUCCAGGAGGCGCACGAUAUCAUCGUCAAGGCCGGCCUGUAUCUCCAUCUUAACGUUACUUCACCGGACGACAGAAGUGAUGCCUACUACUGCUACGAAGAUCCUAUUAUCGAUGAGUAUGAAGCCGAGCAGGAGCGGCUCCGGGCGGAGGCGGCGCGUCGGCGGCAAGUGCACGCCAAAGUU